UCAGAAAGAGAGCAAUCCGGGCGGGACGCGAAAAGAGAGAGAGCGAGAGAGAGCUGGGCAUGUAUUGGGGACGGAGAUACAUAACAGCUGGCAGCAUAUAAUCAGCAAGAGACCGCUCCUGGACUGUCCAUAACCGGAGAGACUGCUGUAGGAUUGAGAGCAGAGUUCUGGAGGACAUCCCCAGGGACUAUGGACAUCUGAGACCCUCUGUAGGGGAGACCACAGCUUAUUAUAUACACAGACCCCAUAGACUGCUGUAACAUGACAUCUAUAAUUCUAUAUUAAUUCACACUACAGGAGAGACAUUAUUACCCUGCAGCAUCCCCAGAUGGGCUCUGUGUCAUCACAUCCAAAAUAAACCAUAAGAGGAUAACAUGAGGUCGCAUGCACUAGUUAAUAAUGGUAAUUGAAGGAAUUUGGAGUGAUUAAAGCCUUAAUCAUAUUGUGACAUUCAGCAGAAAAUUGGCAGCAUUAGUUUUAUGGCGUUCAUCAUGAUGAAAAAAAAGAAGUUUAAGUUUCGGGUGGACUUUGAGUUGGAUGAAUUGUCAUCUGUCCCUUUCGUUAAUGGAAUACUGUUCUGUAAAAUUCGUCUGUUGGAUGGUGGAAGUUUCAGCGUGGAAACAUCAAGGGAGGUUGUUCAAGCAAACUGCGUCCAUUGGAAGAAGAAAUUCUCCUUCAUGUGCAAGAUGAGCGCUAGUGCAGCGUCAGGGAUCCUAGAUCCAUGUGUUUGCCGAGUUUCUGUGCGCAAGGAGUUAAAAGGAGGAAAAGCGUAUGCCAAGCUGGGUUUUGCAGACUUGAACCUUGCAGAGUUUGCUGGCUCUGGUAACACCAUCAGACGCUGCCUUCUGGAGGGGUACGACACAAAAAACACCAGGCAGGAUAACUCAAUACUUAAGGUUGGGAUCAGCAUGCAACUCAUGUCCGGAGACCCCUGCUUUAAAACGGCAACUUCCACUGGCACAUCAAUUGCAACUCCCGGAGACACUGACUCUUUGCAGGAAGACCGAAAAGGCCGGGAGACCAUGAAACUGCAUCUGGGAGUUUCAGACCUGUCAUCUAAGAGUGCGUCGGUGCCUGAUGAGCUGGGAGCGUGUGGACAUUCCAGGACUUCAAGCUAUGCCAGUCAGCAAUCCAAGGCUUCAGGAUACAGCACUGGCCACUCACGGUCUUCCAGUCUGUCUGAGUUGGGCCACCGAAGGAACACAUCCGUGGGCAGCGCCUCGACAGGAAUUGGAAGUAUCCCAGAGCCAAGUGACGAGGACAAUAACAAAGUGUCUUCAUUUAGCCCAGAAAUCACAGAAGAGGGCUCAUCCUCUGAAAAGUUGAGCAGGCUCCCUGUGAAACAGGACUCUGUUGAAUCACAGUUGAAACGAGUGGAUGCCACCAGAGUGGACGCAGAUGACAUUGUUGAGAAAAUUCUCCAAAGUCAGGACUUUAGUCUGGAUUCCAGUGCUGAGGAGGAAGGUCUUAGGCUUUUUGUCGGCCCGGGAGGAAGCACAGCACUUGGAGGUCAUCACCUUCCUAACAGGGUUGGAGCAGGAGCAUAUGAACAAGUUGUUAUCAAGCGCUAAGGAGCAUAGCUUGGAGCAAACAUGGACUCUGUCAAGAAUAUUCCAUCCUAGGAUGCCUUCUGGAUAUUCAAACUCUCUGUAGCAAUUUCUAACCGAACUGAAUGAGGCUGAGGUUUUGUCGUGAUCAGACAAUCUGAAACGCUUUGUUAAAUGGUUUGAUUUUAAUUUCCUUUCUUUUUUUUUUUUUUUUUGGAACAGUGGAGUUAACCAUUGUGCUGCCAAAGGAGCGGCCCUGUAGCACAAAGGUAACAAUUGCAGCUGAAAAAAACAUGGAAUUUGUUCUGGAAAUAUAUGCUUUAACAUUUCUGCUAGCAGGUUAGGUCAUAGGACAUUUUGUUUUCCUUGUUACUAGUUGCUAACAAAAUACUGUCUUAUUAUAUCCACAUCAGUACUCUGGUUCUUCCCCCCCCCCCCCCCUCCCCCAUGUGCCGAUAUAUUUGGGAUGAUCAUAGGAGAAUAUAAGCAACACUAAUUUAAUACAAUAUUUUAAUAUUCUUCUACGGAUUGUUAGAACUGUAAGAUUCAUUAAAUACUGUGCCUAUUGAUCAGGCAUAAUAAGAAUUCAGUGUGAAGCUGCAACCGUUUUUUUUUUGUUUUUUUUUAAAUAUCCUAUUUUUUUAAAUCCUAUUUGUUUGCUGCAAUAUGUACACAAUAAAUUCUUUUUUUUUUUUUUAUAUAUGUAUGUAUAUAUAGAUAUGUUUUUUUAAUCAAGUCUUACCCACAGUAGCUUAGUUUAACAUGGUUCUUGAUGGUCACUUCCUAGCACCACGUUUUUGGCUUUUGCCAUAUGACAUGUAAGACCUGAGGACCCUCAUUGACGUUUUAAUCAGGGAGGCCUAUAAAAAUAAAUGUCAGGGACGCAUCAGGGGUAAAUGAACACCGCCAUCUAUAUUGUACUUAUUAUGGAGCGGUACUUGAGAACAGGUGCAUAGUAACUUAAGUAAACAGACUACGUGAUCUCUGCUUAUUGUGAACAAUCUGUGCCUGUGAAACAUGCAGUAACUGAUUUAUGACCAUGUAGUAGAUGAUUUACAAAUAGCGCACGCCUCAAAAGUACUCACCCAGUGCCAGAUGGUCAGGAGUACCAUCUCUAAUUGUCAGCAUAUACAAAAGGGCCAGGCACUCAGUCUGAACAUAUUUACUUUUCUUCCUCAUCAUCAAAAGGCAAUUUUUAGGCUCGCCAGUAUCAAUCUGGUCAUGUAUGUAGCAGAUGAUGUCCAUGGCUGAAGUACAUAAGACAGGGUUAUUUACGAAGGUGUGAUGUGUUUGGAAUUCAAAGUGAAUUUCAACUUUUAGGCCAUAACCGCUGAAUUGGAAAAAUAUCACUCAUGUCUUCUGUGCAGCUAUUCCAACCUACAUUUUGAUAUUCAAUUUGAAUUCCUGACAAAUUACAUAUUAAUAAAUAACCAAGUGAACCGAUGGAUAGCUUGGAAUAUUUUAAAGUGUGGUAACAUAUAUUCUCGCAAGCUAGUCUAUUCCUGAAUGAUAAAAUAAACUAAAUGUUACUUAUAGGGACAGGUCAGGCAUACAAGAAGAAAAAGAAUCACGCAAGGUGCAGUCCU